ACAGCUGAUAGCAUUCCGUGGACAUGAUGAAAUGAGCGUGUCGCUUCCAACCUCUUCUUCUUACAUCACUCUUUAAAAGACGGCUCGACGUACGACGAACGCUCGGAAUCGUGACAGCUUGUUCCGUGCACGUGUCGCACGGUAAAAUUACAUCGUUCGUUCUACAUGCGGUGUCGCACCUUCUUCUCGUAACAACAUGAAAAUCUGGACAUCGGAGCACACCUUUGAUCAUCCUUGGGAGACCGUAGCACAAGCCGCAUGGAGGAAAUAUCCGAAUCCUAUGGUUCCAUCAGUUAUUGGAGCUGAUGUUAUAGAUAGAAAAGUGGUCGAUGGUGUUCUUCACACUCACAGACUUGUUGUCUCUAGUCACUGGGGCUUUCCUAAAUGGACGCAAGCGUUAAUCGGCUACGCGAACUUGUGUUAUGCGAGCGAACGCAGCGAGGUCGACCCAGUGAACAGAGAAAUGGUUCUCAGGACGCAUAACUUGACUUUCGGCAAUUACAUCGCCGUAGACGAAGCAGUCAGAUACACACCCCACCCGGAGGAUCCUGGCAAGACGCUGCUCACGCAGGAGGCGGUAGUCACCGUCCGGGGGGUGCCACUGACCAACUACAUGGAGGAUCUCUUAACUUCGAAAAUUUCUUUCAAUGCCAGCAAAGGUCGGCAAGGGUUGGAAUGGGUGAUCAACAAACUCGAAUCCGAGAUGAAGGAGUUUGCCUGAAAGGCCUCGCCGCCGUCGCGAAACUUCCGAACUGCCGCUAUCAGCACAACACGAGAGAGCGCCGGUGGGGAGCGGCAACUUCUAGAUCGAACGAUUACGCGGAUCAGAAGAACAUUAACGUCCCGGUCUUCGUCAGAAACGAGCAGAUGAUUCGCCGCGGGCCACGUAGAUCGCCUAAUUGAAUUUUGCGGAACUUGUUACUAGGGACGGUUUAUAGGGACGGACGCUUCCUUUGAGAGGGAUGAUUGCCCUCGCAACCACACCACCGGGUCCAGGCCUGCAAGCAUCUGUCGAACGUACGGGCGUAAUAACACGACUGAUGUAGACAUAUGAAAACGCGUAGGUUUAAUUUACGGUGCGUCCGGUCCGAUAGAAUGAAUAAGCAGCGGCUAUCUCGGCGUUUUAACCGUGCACUCACGUACCAUCUCGGUCGGUCGACUAUGCGAACUCACGACGAGUGGUCAACGCCGAUGUAGCACGGUGGAACUAUUAUACUCGGCCAAUUUUGAUACGUGGACGUCCUCGGUCACGAUUUACAAGAGGAUUUACGAACGAAUACAAUCUGUAUGCUGUACCUUGUUUUACGAAAGUUCACGUUACGAAAUCUUUUCAUAA